UUGCUUUAGGAAACAGAUUUGUGAAAUUGAACUUGUUUAUAAGUCAUGAUGUUUUAAGUGUACUGUCCUAUGGCAUGCUGUUAAUUAGGUCUGCUCGGUAAAUUAGCCUCAGUGAGUGAUUUGUUCACUGAACGUUAAGAAGAAUUCAAACUGAACAUACACCGUUCCCUCUCAAACUGCUGCAAUGAUAGGAUGCUGCGAGUUUAAUGCACUAGUUGUUACAUGCUGUGUCAUAUGGUAUGCAAGUUGUUGUGGUGGCAAUUUAGCAGUGAAAAAACAGGUCGUUUUGUUUGACAAAGAUGAUUCCAGAGAGCAUAGUUCGAUGCGUGAAUCGUUCCCCAAGUGAUUCAGGUGUCUGUGCAUGCGGUCCCUCGUUUGCCAGCUGCUCGACUGGCAGUACCGUUUCUCACUUCAGCUCUACUGUAGUGAGAAACGAACGAAUCACUCGAGGAAGAAAUUCGGUUAAGUACGUUCACUCAAAAGAUUUGGUUCUUUUGAACGAAUCGUUCGCGAACGACACAACACUACACCGGAGAACACUAAGGAAACGAGAUUUUAUUUCAAGCCUUUAUAACCGAUUUAGUCCUUAAAUUGUAGCUUGCAGCAACUGUGGUUUUCAUAGUCAAGUAUUUAACUAAAGGUAUGCAUGGCAUUAUUGUGUUUGGCCUACGUCUAACAAACCGCGGAUAUACAGAGAGACAUGUUUUAGACCACAAAACAGUAAUAUGGUUGUCGAUUUUUGAUAAAAUAAAAAUAUUUUUUUUUCAUAAAUAUUUUAAGGAAUAUGGGACAACUGUAUCCGUCCCUGACCCCAAAAAACAGGCGGUGUGUUCUGCGUAACGGGAUUUUAACGAAAGCGGAAGUUGACGAUAGGUCGCAGCUUGUUCCGUUAGAAACCGGAGUCCAACGCCUCAAACUCCUUGUUUGAGGAGACGCAAGGCCCCCCCUGACAACCGAGCUACGUCCACAUCCUCUCCAUACCCUCGACACGGGCCGGGCAACCGUUUUUAAAAAGCACAGAGCUUUUAUUUUUAGUUGCAGCAGACCCUCCAGUCUUCCUCCCUGGGUGUAUAUUUAAUCCUGCUGUCUAUCCUUCACCAUGGCGGCGAGUGCGAAACGAAAACAGGAGGAGAAGCACCUGAAGAUGCUGAGAGAAAUGACGAGUUUGCCUCACAACAGAAAGUGCUUUGACUGCGACCAGCGCGGCCCUACCUAUGCCAACAUGACCGUGGGCUCCUUCGUGUGUACCUCCUGCUCUGGCAUCCUGUAAGUUUCGUGUCGCUGAGUGACCUUAGUUUAGACAUGGCGUACAAUACUUACCGUUUUGGUUCCCUGUGUGAGCUACACGCGGAAACUUAAAACGAGCUAGCCUCCUAGUGCUAGCUAAUCUAUUGGGAGAUAGUCAUGCAGUUGUGCCAGUGUGAGUGUAGCUGUUUUUGACAUUGUGUUACUCUGCGGUAUUGGGCGGGGUGCAGAGAUGUCAGUGUUUAGCAAGUCGAGCUAAUUUAGCAACCACCUUAGACUGGCUAACCUUAGCUACCCAGAAAAUAUAGGAGACUGUUCUUGCUUGCUGGUUUUGCUGAGCUGCAUUUAACUACCAGUUGCUGAAAAUGUAUGGAAGCACCACCUUGUAACAGUGUUAUUGGUGACACAUGCACACAUCUGAAAAUUUAGAUGAGGUAUUAUAACUGUGAAUUUGAUGUAUUUUGUAGAUAUCACACUUAACUUUGAUAUCAGCAAGAAUUCCUUGUUGGUGCAUGAUGUAAAGUGAUACCAGUGGUGACACAUGGCUGGGCGUGGGAUAGCCGAAAGAUUUCGAGAUGCAACUGAUAAUGCAGUACCAAUAUAUGAGCUGUGUUUUGUCUUGUGGUUAAAAAAUUGUACGCAUUAUACUAUUUCUUUAACCCUCCUCCUGUGUUAGAGUCUGUGCUAGGGCCCGACCGAUUUAUCGGCGAGCCGAUUUAAUCGGCCAAUUUCAGCCCGUCGGGAAUCGGCCAAAACUCACCGAUUGUCGAUUGGGGGGUUAGUUGAAAACGCUUUCCUGGUCUGAGUUUGAGUCAUGAGAAAUACGUGGAAUGUUACUGAGAUGAUCAGUAGGUCUUCCUGUCCGCGUGAAGAGCAGUAGCCUACAGUAUAUCAAGUGUUCCUCAUUUUUUAUGAUGUAGCUUUUUUAAAAUUUAUUUAUAUAGGCUAUUUAUUUUAGAGGAUGAUGAGUGUGUGAGUUUGACAAGACAGACGUUGACUAAAUAAUCAGACCCACACCCGCUACAGCCUGCAUAAUAAGCUGAAACGAAUUGGUUUAUCAUCUUUAUUACAGUUAAAAUAGCCAGGGGUUGUUUUAGCAAUAAAAAGGAUUUGAAAUGAGUUUUCUGCCUUUAAUUUUUUGAAGAAGUGAUAAAAAAAAUUUUUAAAUCGUCCGGUUAAUUGGAAAUCAUAUUUUUUCCCCCUUUACAAAUGGUAUCGGCCCCAAAAAAACGUGUUGGGCGGGCCCGAGUCUGUACCACAACGAUUUUGAUUUUAAAUGCUUUAAAAAAAAAACUUAAAUUAGCUUUUUUACAUCAUGACCUUUUGGCUUUGUCAGGAACCUCCAUUAACAAAAUAAAAAAAAUAAAUUGACUCAAUUAUAAAACGCUCUCGUUAAAAUUAUGGCACUUGUCAUGUUAGGGUCACUGUUGACCCAGUUAGAUCAAUAUCUAAUAAUCAAAGCAAAAACUGAAAUCAAAGUGCACUGUCAGGCACCACACUGACAGUCAGAUCCUCUUCCAAUCAUGUGAGAUUUAGGAAAUUCUCAUUUUGCCAUGUUUUCCCUGCACAAAAAGCAACAUCAGGCAUGUCCAGACAUGUGAGAUCAAUUCAGUAUAGAUGUCUGUAUGUGGGGUAUACUGACAAAGAAAGGCCCAGAGGCCCACAACAUAAAUAUUAUAAGAAUUAUUUUCAUGGAUAAUGAAGCCUAACAAGAUAACCUAGAGAUGAGAACCAAAUUGGAUAAUAAAGAUUUGUUUUACUGUAAUUUACAGCUGAUUUAAGACACGGGUCAAAACUGACCCUUCACAUGGUUGGUGCAUAGUAAAAGCUAACACAGGAGGAAGGUUAACAGGUGCACACUGACUAAUGUGUCAGCAUGGGUAACAGCCUUUCUGCAGUGCUGACCCAAAGCUUUUGUCCGUUUUUUCUAUUUGUAACCACAGUCUGAUAUGGCAAUAGUAGUAUCAGUUUUGCUCGAUGAUGCGACCUUAGAUAGCGUUUGCCUGUGUGAUUUAAAGCUCUGCUGUGCAGUUGUGUAACCAAGCAUCUGCAGCUUGUGAUUUGGGAUUAGUAAAGCAUUCCAUUUCUUCUUAUUCAGCUUAAGAUAUCCCACCUCAGUUCAGCUGUCAAAUGUUGCAUACUGAAGAGGUUUUGUGUUGUUAGUGUGAGUCAUGUGAGCAACAGUUUUUAAGAAAUCCAAAGCAGUAUAAUGACAAAUAAGCGUAUGAUUUUUCACAGGAGUUUUAUCUGUUGCAAAAUGAAAACAUGGUCGGCAUUAAACAUACAAGAAAUCCUUUCUCCAUCAAGUUCUCACAAAUAGCUAUACCUUGUUUUGUCAAUAUAUAUAUAUUUACAAGCCUUUGUGAAUGAAACAUUUGAGCAAAGUGUCUUUUUGCUACUAUCAGGUAACUUAUUUAACUCCUGAUUCCUCUUCUAAGAUAUGUCUGCAGGUCCUUCCAAAUGCUUUAGUGAAAUAAUAUGUUCCAUUUGUGAGUAUUAGGUUUUCCUGUAAUGUUGCAAGGGAAAGAUAAAACAUUUGUUGCUUAGUUAUUUCACAGUGACCUUCAUGCCAGUGGAACAGAUGAAGACUUGGAUGCACUCCCUCUCACUUUGCCCACUAUACAGACCUUGUUUGACUCCGUUUGUGACCUUAAUCUGCACAAACUGCUUGUCUCCACUUGAAAUGUGGAGUGUAUUUACUUUAGCAUAUCAAAGAAUGAGAUUAACGGUGUGUUUGCUGAUGGACAGAGUUUGCCCUCUAUUUCACUUCACCAGUGGGUCUGCUGGGACUCCACUGUGAAUAACCAUCUGCUUACACGUUGGUAUUAGUACUUGUUAUGCAAGGAAAUUGAGUUCUGUUAUAGUUUCAGAAUGCAAAUCACAGUUUUCCCUUCAUCUCCCCACGCAGACACCCUCUCUUACAUUUUUUAAGACAAAUCAUGCUGCUGUUGUUGGAAUUUUUUAGCAAAGUUGUUUCCAGUAGAAGAGUGUGGGACUGAAAGGACUGAUGUAUACAGGAAGUCUGGUGUGAUUGUAAGCUCAGGAAAUGGUAUGGCUCCACUGUUCUGCUACAUCAGCAGCAUGUGCUGUUACAUGUGCCACAGGAAGUGGCAUAGAGGUCACUGUCUGCCUCUGUCUAUUAACUAAAGUUGGGCAUCUGGGGAUUCAUGCUCAGGCAUGAUUUGUUGGUUUGGUUACUGCCUUUAAUCUACCUGUAAUGACUCUUUAUUAAUGAAUACAGAUGAAGGCUUGUUUUGUACCAUCAUUUGAAGCAAAAACCAUUUAACAGAGAAACUCAGCUCUACAAAUGGUGUGCAUUUUCCAUGAGUUAUAUUGUAUGUGCUGAUUUUAAGUCUUAAACAAUAAAUAUGACAGGUACAGACUCUGCAGAGACAACUCAGUGUGUCUUCUUUUUUUUUAGCAUUGAGUUAAAUAAUAGUCGAAGCAAGAAGACUACCUGUCCCCCCCUCCCCAUGCGCACACAUAGUUGUGGCUAUUUAAUGGGUGGAGUUGGAAUCUCCAAUGUAAACACAUUCCUCGUGAAGGUGGAGGCGUUCCCGGGAGGAACACCACUCACAAUGUCUCUUUCUAGAGUGCUGUGCUCAGGGCAGGAAGUAACCCCACUUGGCCUGUGUGUUCCUGAGUAAGCAGGGCUCAAGCAGAGACUAGAGCGUAACCGAAAGGUCAGGAGAUGUCACUUGCAUCAACUGUCCGGGAGAAUAUGAAUCUUUCAUGAAUGAACAGAUAAGACUUGAACUGUGAAGCUCAGCAUGUGUGAUUAAACUCAUGUCCACUGGUGAUUUGACAGUGAGUCAUGAAAAUCGGACUUUUGUUUUGUGCUUAAUCAUUGUAAAAGAAGUGUUUUUAUACUCUUUAAGCAGCAUACUGAAGAAAGGCGUAAAGCCCUCCUCUCUUUUGAGAAUUAUUGGUGCCAGUUUCUGUCACCCUAGAGCUGUUACAGUAUGCAAAUGAGCAGAGCUGGUCUGAUACACAGUAGUGACUAGGUCAUAAUUAUUUUACUGUGCAAUAUGUGAAACUGUUCCCUGACACACUCUUCUAUUCAGCAAGACAUGUUGUGAAAAAAAGGUGAGAAUGGAAAGCAAGCCUGAGCAAAGGUUUGAGGGAGUCACUCGUUUCUGAUUGAGGCACUGCAGCUGAGUGAAAUAUUUAGAUGUAGGAACUAGCAAUUUAUUGGUACUGCAUUUUACAUGCUGUCUGAGUACCCGCAAUUAUAUGACUGGAGGACCAUAACAAAUAUCUGGGAUUGAUGCCCCCAUGGUGAACAGGAAACAGGCCCCAUUUGAGAGUUUUAGUGUUUUCACUGGAUGUAAAAUGACUCCAGUUAUAAUAUAAUAUGCACUAAUUCAAUCCAUGUUUGUUUGUAAGACAAAACAUAUUUCGAACUUCACAAUCUUUGCAGAUAGGGUAUAUUUAACAAGCUUAUACCAAAGUAAAUGAAGAAAUGAAAACUGAGAUUAUGUUUAACAGCAACAACAGAAUUGAGCUACUGUGUGGCACCCUGCCUUGGUUUGAGACCUUAAGGGCUUGAAGUUGGUCUCACUGUAUCUGACCUAGUUACAUCUUCAUGAGUCGACUGUGGGAUCUUAUCACUCACCUACCGCAGGGCUCUGAGAAUUCCACUCACGCACUCCCAUCUUUUUUUCUCCUACAGUCAAGUCUAAUUUUGCAAUGAUAGGGACGCAUCUCACAAAGGCUGUCAUAGUUUCAUCAUGUAAGUCAUUUAAACAGAAGGAUGGAUGAUCUGCUUUCAUUCAGUUGUUGAAUUAGUAUAUGAUUUGGUAGUGUUUCAUUUCCAAGGAAGGUCAAGUUGACAAUGAAAUCCAGCUGUUGUUUGUAGUUUUUUGUUUUUUCAAUCAUGGCUUUUACUUUAACCAUUAACCAUGAUUAAAUUUUCCUUCGGAGAUCAAUAAAGUUAUUCUUAAAGUUAAAGUUAUUUUUUUAUCCUCUCGGAGUGUGAUCAGCAUGACAAACAAAGGGUAUGUUAAAAAGGGUGGCACCUAAAACACAGCCUAAGUAGAUCCUAUAGAUCCUGAUUGAACACGGUUAUUGACGUUGGGUUUCUGUGUUUUCAUUGUGACACAGCUGUUUGAUUGAUUAUAUCGACUGUUGAGUAGUAUAGGGCUUUUUUAUUGGUUGACAGACAAGACUGUUGAAAAUACAUCUGUUUGUAAUACUUGGCAGACCAGCUGGCUCAUUGGUGAAUGUAUACGAAAUAGAUGGAGGUAAGAACACGUUCUGUCAGGGGUAACGUUCGUAAAUAAUUCAGCAGACUCGUCUUGUAUUUCACUGCCUUUAGGAUCUGACUCCUGUGUAUGACAAUGUGUUUGUAAUUGUUACACUGAGGAUCUAAUUUCCAAGAGCAGGGAGUGGAUCGGCAGCACCCAAAGGUGCGUUGAGGAUGGAGACUUUUUUAAAGCAUUUUACAAAAACCACAACAAAAAAACUUCAUGAAUGUUUUUGUGUUCAACAAUAAAGAAAAAAAGUGAUUUAUAGCGGGAGAAUGGAGGUUUGCAGAAAAACAGCAGUAGUUGUGACCGAAGUGAAGUCCUGUGUUCUGUGUGUGCUUAGAAAGAAGCAUCUGAAUGUAAAAAAGCUGACUGUAAUAACAUCAGAGAAAUCAAAAGUGAAUUAUAAGUUCUUUGACUCAUUUUCCAGAAGAGCUGAAUCGGGAAAACACCAGUUCAGUUUCACAGCUAUUGUGAGCAAAAAUAUACUUAAAUAUUUAAGAAACAGCUGUCUGAUCAAAGAACUUCGAAAAAAACAAGCUAAAUAGUCGAGGAAAAGCUUUGAAAGUGUUGGAGAAACUGGGACGUUUUUGUUGCCAGCAGAAUGUUCUUGUUGAAGUCAGUCCAAAAUAACAACCAACCUCAAGCUAACGUCAUUGAGCGUGGAUAAAAUGUAUGAUACCCCACCAGAAUAGUCCAGACAUAUUCAUCUGUAGUUGAUCCAUUUGCAUGACAGAUGAAACCGUUUGACCUAUCACACACUGCUCAUGUUAGCCUCAGCACAGUGAACUUGAUAGUUCAGUUGUUAGAAGUGCAUGCAGCUCAUUUCUGCUUUUUAAAAUAAAAAUGAAAUCAAAGUAAACUGUGCCAGCAUGAAAAGAUGAGUCAAUGGAUUCAAUUUUAAGUAUGUAUGUCGUUAUAAGAUUUCAUUUAUAUCACCUUUCCAUCAAAAUAGUGUGAUGCUUUGUUCAAAUCUAGUAAGUAAACUGUUGUGUCAUGACUGUGUUAAUGAAUCCUGUGACUGUCUAUUUCUAGUUACACUAAAAAUAUCCUUUACAUGACAACACACUUAACUCAGCACAAACCAUCUUUUAUAUAUCCUUUUUUAUUUUGUCUUUCAAAUGUGUAAAAAAAACUGUACAUGUGCUGAGAUUGCUGUCUAAAUGCUUUGGGAACACUUGGAUCCUGUGAAGGACACUCAUGGAAGAAUUCUGAUGACAUGUAUUUGCUAAAAGGCAGGUUUAGACAUAAGUGGAGUAAGUGGACAUAUAAAUGCACAUUCAAUGUCAAAGGACUUUAAUAACAUGUGACUGAUGACUCUUAAUUUGAUUGUUGUCUGGUUUGCUCUGUAGUGGCUGUUAAAUGUAACAGAACUUCAAGCUACUGUUAGUUUAAGUCCAGUUGUUUCAUGAAAGGUAACUGAUAUUAAAAAUGUCCUGAAACCACUUAUAACAGUUUCACAUAGUGAGCUACAGUUUCAUAUUAGAUCAUGCAGCAGUGAGUUGUCUGUCCCUUCUUCUGAUGGCUGUAUUUCUCAGCAGUAACACUCUGAUCACAGUUGAAAUAAUCUGCUUGCAUGCUGGAUGCUGAUUGGUCACCUACACAGACAAAACAUGUGGUGACCUUGAAGCCAGCGCAGCACUUUCACUUAGAAGCAGGCCUAGAGCUUAAUAUAAAACCCUGAUGCUGCCUCUCUCUUUUCUUUUUGUUAACCAUUAUAGCUACCGGGCGGUUUUAAUUUGGGCUGCGCUGGCAUGAGCUGUGACCUUCUGAGGAACAUGAGCAAGCCUUGUGUGGCCUAAUGGGUGUUACUCCAUAAUGGAAGUUUCUAUAUUAAGACAGAUCACUUGUUCUGUCACCGUUCUGACAGCCUCAGAGCAGCGAGCAGCAAUUAGGACAGAGUUUCACCCACUUCCUUUUGUUCUGUUCACUCCCUGUCAUUUUCUGACACUGUUUUGUGAUUUCUAUCAAUAAUUCUGUCACAGCAGCCCGUCAGCUUGUUUCGAAUUAGAGGGCACCAUCCGAAGAGGUGGGGGUCCGGAGUUUGUCGGCAUGAGGCUGUCACAAACAGUGUUGCUAAAUUAAAUGACCCCGUUUCCAUUUCUUCGCCCACAGACGAGGACUGAAUCCCCCCCACAGAGUUAAGUCCAUCUCCAUGACUACCUUCACGCAACAGGAAAUCGAGUUCCUACAGAAACAUGGAAAUGAGGUAAGCAGGUGACUGUCCACUUGGUAUGUGAGGGUCGAGAUCAGGUCUCUCACAGCUUUGCUCUACGAACUAUUUAUGCACAGGGUGUCUGCAGGUUUCAACAAGUCAGAUUAAGACUCUUUAAGACUUUUUUUUAAGACCUAAUGAAUACAAUUUAAGACCCAUUUUGUAUCCACACUGGCAAAAAAGUACAAAAGACAUGAAGGGAAAUGGGGACAUUUCACAUUACUUCAAAUUAAUCUUUAUUUGUAUGUCAAGUUAUCUACUUAAGAUCUUACAGAAUCGUAUUUAAGACAUUUUAUGAGAUUUUAACAGAAUUAUAGACAAUCAAAUGAUUGGAUUUAACACCCUGUUGAUACCCUGUAUGUAGUUUGGCUCUUCAUCAUGCCAUCCCUCUUACAUCCUUAUUGGGUUAUCCAUCUGAUAUGAAUGCUUUUGACAAGUGUUUUCCAGAGAAUAUAAAACACAGACUAAAAGAAGACAGGUUGUCACAUUUUAUUAUAAUGGGUUUAGAAAAUAUUGUACAGAUUAUUAUUAACAACCUUAAUCCUGGAAGCUGCAAGUUGUACGGCUUCCUGUCCACACUGUCAUUGUCUCCUUUUUCCAUCAUGACAUCUACCAACCUUGUGUUUGGCAGAAAAACUAUUAUUUUAAUUAUUGUAAGAGUUAAAACUUCUACUGGUAGAAUUCAAAAACGUACUUACAAAAUUAGCAAGGCUCUCAUUGUGGAAAAAAAAAACAGUGAAAGUGUAUUUUUGAACUUGUGAACUGACUGUUGAACAUGAGACAGGAAGUGGUUGCUGACAGCAAGUACACCUGUGUAUCAAAACAGAUAUGAGUGUUCACUGAAAAUUAGAGUCAGAUGUAGAGUACUGUAUUCAUCACAGGGGGAAAUUCAGAAAUUAAGAUCCCCCUUGAUGAUUGACUCCAUUAUGGGUCAUGCAGUUUCUUCACAGGUGGGAUCUUGGUCAAACUGUAAGGCUACAUGGUCUGUUUUAUAGUCAUGCAUAUUUAUCUCUGAGAGUCUUUCAGAAAUGCCUGGUACUUUAAAUUCUACUGCUCUGAAACUGUGCAACAUAUUCGUACUGCGCACAGAAACCAAAAUGCUUGAUCAUCCAAGAGUGAGUUCUGGUAAUCGGAGAUUGAAAUGGAGCAACGCCACCUGGGAUCACAGCCUAUUAAAAUCUGUAGCAAACUGUCACGGCAGAGAGACAUUAAGGAGACUCGGUGAAGGAGAUGAUGCUCAAGGCUGAUGUAAAAAUACUGCUGCCAUCAAACUGAUUAUCCUUCAGGAAGAUCAUUACACACUGAUAAAAACUAUCACAAAACACUCUAUUUCUUACAGAUACAAGCCAAAACUUAGAGAAUCAUUAGUAAAGAAUAGCUACCAUAAAUUGUGAAUAUGUCACUGUGAAAGAACAAGCUAAAGAAAUAACACUGGAACAGAGGUCGAGCAGCUCCAUGAUACUAGUUAUUUAAAAUGUUCAGGAAUCAUUUAAGGCUCUUUUUACAAGACUAGGCAAAUAUAUUUGCUAUGCUUUUAUAUCAAAGAGCCAAGAGCAAAUAAAGGUGAGAUUUAAACUGAUGAAGCAACCCAAGAGAACCGCCAUGAAACAUCAGUGAAGACUCUCUUGACCUUCACCUGCACUUCAUGGCUUUCAGGGGAUUAACUGUAUCAUCAUUGAGGGGAUGCUCCGUGAUAACCAGCUUAUCAUGUCAUUUCCCUGUGCCGUGUUCCUCUAUAUCACUGUGGCAAAACAAAUUAAAUUGCUGAUUAUGAAGGUGAAACAACCUUGCACUCAUUUGCUUUUCGACGUGCUGCUCUGUCUGUUCCAGGUGUGUAAGCAGAUCUGGCUGGGCCUUUAUGACGACAGGACCUCCUCGGUACCAGACUUCAGGGAACCACAAAAAGUCAAGGAGUUCCUACAAGAAAAAUAUGAGAAGAAGAGAUGGUUAGUCUAUUUUAUGAGCGCUCCUCGGGCUGUGUGCACCGCGCAGACAUGUAGAGUUCCUCUGAGUUUUCCUGCUCCCUGGCUUGGAAUGUCUGUCAGGCAGCCUAUAGCGGUUCGCCCCCAGCAAGCCAGCAGAUAUCCGUCUUUAAAUGCAAAGAAUGUAGGUCAUGACAGUCAAGCUGCUUUCUGUGCGAAAGGAAGUUGUUCCAUGAAAUUAUGGGUUAAUUAAGUUCAACUAUGUAUGACAUUUAGCAUAGAAGUAAUAUGAUCGUGAAUGUUUAGAUUAAUGGGAGCAAUUAUUUCAGAAAAGUACAACUAAUGCAAAAUAAUUGUAUGUCCCAUAAAGAUUAGUUUGUCGAGGACUGCUCAUUAUUUAGUCAAUAAUUAAAUAAGACCUGUAACAUUGGAAAUGCUUCUGUCAUUUGCUUGUGUUUGCCUGGAGUUCAUGAGAGCGAUGUAUAGUACAUGUCUGAACAUGUCAAGAUUCACUGUCCCUCACACAGGCACAUCCUGGUUUCUGCAGUGUCUACUUUUUUCACGAUAGAUUUUCUCUCUGUCUAGUCUCUAUUUUGGGGUUGUUUGAUGAUGCAAUUUUUUAAAGUUGCUGCACAUGAAAUGUAACGCAGUCUGUGAACUGUUCACCAGGUACGUACCCCCAGAGCAAGCCAAAGUAGUGGCGUCCGUCCAUGCUUCCAUCUCUGGCUCCUCCAACAGCAGCACUAGCAGCACACCUGAGGUUAGACCACUGAAAUCCCUGCUGGGGGACUCGGCUCCCCCCAUACACCUCAACAAGAGCACCCCUCCUAAUCAGGUGAGAUUUAUUCACUGUGUGCGCUUAGUAAAAAAGAUGAUAUUGCAAACAGAGCCACAGGGUUUUUAAGUUUUUAAGUUUCCAAGUUUGUUUGACAAGCAUUUUAGAUAACAGGAAUAACGUUUCAGUUUGUUCUGCCUUCUUGCUCGCAGCUAGCCGUAGUCAUAAUUUGAUUUGACAGUAUACAGAGAUUCAUGAAUCUGCUUGUUGGAAAAGAAUGCUGGCUUUCUGACUGAUUUUCCCCACUGUCACAGAUCUCAUAUCUCUUCUUGCUGGCACAUCCUAACCACAGUUUAACAAUAAACCCUGUUUUAAAAGGCCCUUUUGUUUUCUUCCUGAGUCACAGUGUGAAGUUUGCUUAAGGACUGGCAGGCCUGCACACAUUCUAAUGCAUGCUGCAGAAAACACACCUGCCGUUUGACUGAAAUCAUUGUCUUGUUUCCACCAGUCUCCAGUGGUGAGCCGUGGACAAACCCACCAGCAGCAGUUCCAUGACAAGAGGUUCGACCUCCUCAGUGACUUGGGUGGAGACAUCUUUGCUGCCCCACCCAACAUGAACGCUGGCGCCAGCUCCAGUUUUGCUAACUUUGCACAUUUCAACAGCCACACAAGUAAGAAACACACAAAUGAAUGAUUGAGCAAUAUGUCCAAGGCAGAACUGCCGCCACUGUUAGGAAAUUUAACGGUUCGGGAGGAAAAAAAUAUGAAUCUCAUUUGACUGAAAGAACAGACGGUAUUUGGGGAGACAUCGACAAUAUGCUGAUGCAGAAAAUGAACUGAUGCAGAAAACAUGGAGAACCUCUGAGUCACAUAAUUUUAGUCCUGAAACCAAAGGCGCCAAAUCCUCUGCUUUAGUAGAGUUCACGCUUUUUUUUAUCGGUAUUUUUGGAUGAACACUUGUGGAAGGUACCGGUGAAAGAAGUUUAGAGGAAAUUUGGUGAAUCUCAGCUGAUGUGUACGUUAACAUGAGUACCCAUUUCAUGAAUUACUAAACACGAAUGCUGGGAUAAUUGAUGUGAAAUAAUUUCAAAGAGAAAACUCUGCGCAGAGACAGCGGCGGAGUUCAGAAUCACUCAGAAUCUGUUAAAUAUUUGCAGCCACGUUCCACAAUUAAAAAGCAUCGCCAUAUAUGGAAGAGUACUGUGGAUACUACAAACAAACACAUCUCCAUGGUUACUAAUGCCUGUACCACAGGGCUAUUAGUGUUUGCCUUCCAUGGAGGAUAAUAUCCUCUCAUUUCCCCUCAAAGAGCCAUCAAGACUCACUCUUAUUGCAGUGACUAUCAUGGCAUCCUCACAUUUCCUCAUCGCCAACAUAAGCAAGGGGGGAGGCGGGAGUGGGGGGCUUCAAACACACAAUUCUCUGUGCUCAAUUUAGAGUCCUGACGGUAUCCUAUGGUAAGGGCUGAACAAUGAACUGCCUUGUCUGCCCUUUAAUCCCUCAUGCACUAUAUUACAUUAAAUCACUCUCUGAUCAUCUCUCAUAUUUAGCUCAUAAUCCAUUGUGUUUGUUUUGUAUUCCAUGCUUUUUAUUAUUAUUAUAUGUAUAAUCCAUUCUAUUUUUGUCUCAUCUAGUGUUUUCCUCUCAUUGUGCUUUUUUUUAUUCAUCUGUCUGUCUAAACCCUCACCACCCCGACACCACCUCCACCUCCAGCGACACAGAAUGCCAACACAAACGCAGACUUUGCUAACUUUGAUGCAUUCGGGAGCACGUCUGGGUCGUCAGCUGGUUUCCCCUCCGCACCCCAAGCUCCCUUCAAUCCCUCAAAUACAGGUAGACCGUGUUCUCGUUACUGGCCGGCUAAUACAGCUACAAUACACAUGUAUAUCCUCUGCUGCUCAAACCUCUAUAUAUGCACACUUUUUGUUUAUCCUUGCAGCAGAGCUUGACCGAUUUACUCGAAUGAUGGUCACAUUACUUUUUAAUACUUAUAGAUGAUUUUCUUGUCUUUAUGAAAGGCCUUUCUGAGCUGUCUCUUAAUAGAUUUUCCAUGAUGUGGAUUUGCUCUAUGUGAUGUUGCCUGGGUUCAAAAGCUCACACUGCCCUUCCUGAGCCCUCCAUGGUGUUGUUUUUUGUAACACGUAUGAAAUAUGUGUCAUGUAAAAUUGGUAUGUGUUUGCUGGCUUUUCACUGCAGUGUCCUGCCUCUCCUCUUUAAUACUGAUAUGAAAACAGACUGGAUUAUACAAACACACAGUUAAAAUCUACCCUCAGGAAAAUGUUGUGCACCACAGUGCCCUCUGCUGGAUCAAACUGUCGUUUUCCAGAGCAGUGCAAUGAUCUCUUUAGUAUGCUUACCGCUUGAUGAAUAAAGCUCCUCUCUCUCUCUCUCUCUCUUUCGUGGCUUUGUAAAAUAAUCCUUUUCCCACAGACACUAACCGUGCUAUCUGGCAUAAGCUGUCCAUUCUGUCACUCUUGUAUAUCAUCUUUUUGCCUCAGCAGCAGUCAGUUUGCAUUUGACACCAUGCUUUUUAAUGUUUUACUCUCUGGUUUAGUUUGUGUGUGUUCUUUUGUUUCUCCGCCCUGUCUUACAUUGCUCAUCGCACCGUUUUUUUUCCUUCCCCUCUUUAAUUUUUGGCUGCCAGCGUUCACUGUGCUCUCAUCUAGCCGCAGUGUGGGUGAGUUUGCCUCUGCCCUUCCUCUCCAGGGCGCUCACAGUAAGUCUCUCUCUCUGGGCUUGUCCCCUUAACAGCUGUCACCCCCUCCUUGCCAGUGUCUCUAAUGUGUAGUCACUCUGAUCCUUGUCUGUUUGGAUGAGAUGUUUGUUUCAGGAUAUAGCUCUUUUUGUGCCUGUGCCUCUAACCCACCAUUGACAAUUUAACCGGUUAAAAGCAAGGAUUAGGAGGUUUUAUUGUUGCUGACAUUGAGAUCCAGUUUGUUGAAAACCUCAAGUGAAGAAAUGGGAAUAUAAUGACGAGAGAAACAUGUUCAGAUCAGAUCGUUGCAGUGUUUAACACACCAAUUCCCCUCCUUCUCAGAUUACAUACUAACAUCUGUAAACCGAAGAACACUGUGCCUUAAUGUAUCGUACAUCAUUAAUAAAUUACAGGUUACUUUGUGGGGUGCUGUCUUGGCCUAGUGGUUACAUCCUGUGCCUCCAUAUUCAGAACCGGGUGUCCUGUGUUUAGCUCCUUCCUUCAGCUCCUUUUCCGCAUGUCGCUCCUCACUCUCUCCUUCAGUUUCCUACUCUCCCAUCCUCAGAACAAAGACAUGGCAGGCUGAAAUUUUAACUAGCAAUGGGUGACAUUGCAAAUUUUCUGUUAUCCAGUAUCAUAUUUUAGAGAAAGUGAAGAUAAUGUAUGAUAUCCCAAAUUAACAUUCUACAAGAGACACAUGCCUGCUUUUGCUGUUUCAUGGUUUUAGUUUUUCUUAAAAACAAUUAUCAAGAAAAUGCAAAGAUGUAAAGAUAGCAGAUGUACCAUGUAGAGCCUAAAUUUCCAGACUGACACAAUAUCAAUUUUAGAGGAGAAAAAAGAUCUCUGAUAACCAUUGUGAUGUCCCAGAUUCUAAUACCAAGAGCUGGAAUGAAAAUAGACCUUUUCUAUGUUGAUUUUGCACCAACGUUCCUCUUCCUUCCUGUCUUCCUUUGACUUUAUUCCAGCAGAUGAUACGGUGUUAUACAUUCUUAGUGACCAACAAUAGUGUGUACAGCCACCUGCCCUACCACACCCGUUGCAGACAUUGCUUAACAGUGUUGCACAUGAUGGAUGUGAAAGAUAAAACACUUGUAGACAUAAUUGCGAAUUGAAUUGAUUCCUGCAAUAUAAACUAUGAUAGGAGAAUCUUCAGCAACUAAUUUAUAGGAGAAUAUUUGCACAGUGUCUGCUACUGAAAACUGCGUUCUUGUAUUUCUUAAACUUAUUCUUUUUGCAUCUUACUUCUCAAAUAAGAAAUGCACUAUUACCAGUUAAAACUUAUAAUAAAAAGCUGUGACAUACAAGAUCAACUCUGUGCUCUUGAGAGGUCAACAGUUUGCUGUUUGUACUCAAACAGCUACUCAUUAAGUGCAAAUCAGCCACUAGUUGAAGUUAAACUUGUGUGCUGGUUUCACAGUCACUUAAAUGACCAUUUCUUCCUUUUAGAGUCACAGACCCGGUCCUGUGUCUCAGCGUAUGAGACACGUUUGUUGUUCUGGAUUAGGUCGUAUUAGGUCGGACACAUUAUGUUGCAGAAAGCCUUUAAUUGUGGUUCAAAAAAGCCAGUUGUCUUUGGCUUAGAUCUUAGUAUGCUUUUGAUGUCUUAAUCACUAUUUAAGAUAUCGUCUGCUCUGAGACAGAGGUUAAAAUCUUCGCUGCUCUCAGGCUUCCUGAAAGCAUUAAGUAGCUGUGAAUGUUUAACAAAUUAUAAAGACUAGAAAAAUAAAUACAUACCAAAGUGGUUAAAUCAAGAGUUAGUGUUGAUCCUUGUUCUUUUAUUUUAUUCAUUUUAUUCCAUAGCCUUUCUCUUAAUUUUCUUUAAAAACUUAGAUCUGGUCAAUCUCUACUGAGUGCAAUGAAGUGCAAUUAUUGCCAUAGGUUUUAUAACAGACCUUAAAACAUUUCUUUUAAAGUAUUAUUAGCUUCAAUGUAUGUAUAAAGCAUACAGGCUGGUUGUUUUUGUUGCUCCACCAACAUUAGGGUCUUUAUAACCAUAGACUGUACAUGGGUGUAACCAUAGAAAUAAGGGAAAGUACCACUCAUGUUCCUAUUUUUGUCCAAGGUUCAGACACGAACAGAGAACCUUUGUAGUGCAUUAUAGUAGAAGGUGUGUUUUUAGCAGUGUUGAAGGCAUCCCAGUCCCAGCUUAACUCCAUCCCAACUCUAAUGUCCAUGCAGCUUUUUAUCCCCCUUUCCACCUUGUUCAUGCUGUUUCUCCAAACCAACAGUCCAGGUCCCCCUUUAUGACUUUUUAAUUUUUCUCUUUCAUACAGGUAGCGCCUCAGUGGGACUAGCAAAUGCCAAUUUUGCAAAUUUUGACCACUUCCCCAAAUCGUGUAGUGCUGACUUUGGAUCCUUCAGUUCCUCCUCCCAGAGUAACUCGACAGGAGCUGGCAGAGAUGUUGUACAGAGUUCUAGCGCCCCUGCCGAUAAAUACGCAGCCCUGGCUGACCUGGAUAACACGUUUAGCUCUGCCAAAACAGAGCAAGGUAACUUCUCCUGCCUAGCCUGCUUCAUAGAUCUGAGUUAUAGGGAAAGUGGUUUUCCGAAAGAAGUUGUGUCGAGUCAAACAUAAUGGAACCAGGCCCAUAGGAUAGAGCUUCUUUGAGUCUUCUCUCUGCAAGGACAGCAAUAAUGUCUCUCCAAACAACAUGACUGGCCCUUUUUGUGAGAACGCCCAGUUCCUCAUCACUUGAUCCUAGCCAAGGCUUUGUUGUGUUAGAUGCUCUGACAAUUUUAUUAUCCCAAAUCACACCCCUGGCGUUGAUGCGACUAAGCCCGCCACUAUCAAGACAACAGUUCACUGGAUAUAGUGAAAGUACCUCCUUGCUUUAAAGGAUGCCAUCUGUAUUUGUUGCAUUUAAAAGAUUCAAAAUCACAUGGUAUGAAUUUUGAUGCUGGCACAUCUGGGCCGGUGUUAAUUUCAUUUUUUUUUCCUACAAAAACUGUAUUUCACUGCUAGAAACUGCAUAUUUCCUAACAUUUAUUCCCCCUUAUUUCUAAUAGGUUGAUAUGGCAGCUAUCUUGGGACCUUUUUGUCUUUGUCUUUUUGAGGUUAGAUUUUUCCUCCACCCUCAUUAUGUUUGAUCGGAUCUCACCUGGAUUCCCUCUUAUGUGCUUUUAUUCUAGGAGGCGGCGUUCCUGGCGGAGUGAGCUCAGCCACAUCGGCAGUAGGCAGUUUGCCACAGAAGCAGCUGACAGGAGGAGACCGCUACGCUGCUUUAGCAGAGCUUGAUACAGUCUUUAGCUCUUCUGCCCCUGCGACAAGUGUUUACAACACCACCAGCACUUCACAGGGGUUAGUCCGAAUCCAUAACUUAAAUCAUUGUCAGACAAAUCAACCUAACCUACAAAUAAACUGUAGUAACACAUUAAUCACACAGAUUGUUUGGCUGGUGUCUUGUUUCCUUUUUUUUCCACUGCAGGCCCAUUUUUGGCCAAGAGACUGGGGUGUCAACAGCACAAGCACAACAGGCUAUGCCAGGCAUGGCUCAAGGUUUUGGAGGUGAGAAAAUGUGGUUGGCUGCUACUCGAGACAACCAGGGUUUGUAAAGUCUUAAUGGGUCUUGCAGACUUAAUUCUCGUCAAGAGCAGGUCACAGAAAAAGUAUAACUGCAUUAAGAUCCAUUUUGUAGAGAGCAAUCACUUUAAGUCACAACAUGGAUAAGCUUUACUCUUUCAGUGGAAGACUUGAGAAAGUGCUUUCAUAACAAAGUCCAUUCAUCAUUUUCUCUGGAUACAGAUAUAUAUUGUUAGUAGGGCUGGGCGAUAAACGAUAAUGAUAUAUAUUGAAAAUUCAUUUCCCCUCGGUAUCGAUAUGAAACAUGGUCAAUAUGCUUUUCAAUAGCCGGCAUGCUGCCAUGUUUUGGUAGAAGAUACAAAUAGCCAAUGAAAAGGGGAGUUGGUCCGGGUCUGUGCCGUGCUGAACCGAUCAUACAGUCCGCUUUCUCUAGCACAACACCUUACGACAGAACGUCACAGAGACAUAAAAACUUAACCGAUGCAGUAGCUUAUUGUGCGUUGCAAAAGACAUGCUACCAAUAAGCACUGUUACAUUUUAUUUUUAGUAACAGGAAACAUUUGAGAUUGACAAGUGAUUUUUUUAUAUCGUGAUACUUAUCAUUAUCGACUGAUAUGAAAAAAUAUAUUGUGAUAAUUUUUUUCCCUUAUCGCCCAGCCCUAAUUGUUAGCAAAGCUACCUGUCUGGUGAUUUUUGAGCCUAAAACAUUAGUGUAUAUGGAAACCUAUGGAGCCUUCAUGCUUUAAAAUCACGUCAGAAAAGUUAACCUAAGAACUGAAACUUCACAAAUCCUGUCAUCAGCACAAAUUGACCUUUAUUUACCCACACUUGUGGUCGGAUAGGCUAUUAACAGGAGAUUAUUUAUGCUCUAGAUGUUUUUAGUAGGAGAUUGCAGUAGACAUCCUCCUUUUAUAUAGUGCAUCUUUCAUGACUAGGUGCAAUAAUGGCAUGCUUUUGUAGUUUUUAUUUCACACUUCAUAGUCCUGUUUGGUGACUCAGUGUCUCUUUUCAGCAGCACAGUCAACUAAUCCGUUUGUAGUUCCUGGAGUCGCCCCUCCAGCUGCUACCACCAACCCAUUCCAAAGCAACAGUAGAGCAGCAAAUAUGGCAGCAGCUGCAGCGGCAGCAGCAGCAGCCGGUGAGUCCUGUUGGUGUAUGUUUGUGUCUGUAAAUGUGUAGCACAUAUAGUCCACCAACUAAUCAACUUUCUUCAGUUAUGAUAUGAAACCUUUUUUAUGAUACAAAUUAAAGUUUAUGAUGUAAUGUGGGCACCUUAAUUAGUGACCUUUUCCUGGGCUGCCUCAGCAGUGAUUAAACCUCGGACAUCACUGCCAAGCAAAGUGACAUUCAGGAAGGAAGCAGAAGAGAUAAUGAGAAAUAAUUAUAACUGGCCUGUGGUUCUGGGUAGCAGGGCUUCCUUAACCGCUCAGUUAUGUGCACAAAGCAGUUAAAAGCUGCAGUGAGGUGCUGAAAUUAAGAUAAAGUAUUCUGUCUGACUCCUUUUGCCGUGCUGGACAGGCUUGAUGAGGGUCCUACAUGGGCAGUGUCAGCCUGGUAGGUUCCCUUGUGCUCUCUUCUUCACUUUGGCUUUGGCUCUGCCCUCUGUUUGAGAAAAUCUUAAAGGAAAAUCUUGUGGAAGUAAAAAGGGUUUGAUAUCUCACAAUAUUAGUUGACCAUGAAUGUAGAAUAAAUUUUGAUUUAAGUGAAAUCAUUUAUUAAGCUGUCAAAAAUAUUUUUUAACAUUCAUUUUAUCACAGAGGUAUUAGCUAAUUUAUUUCUGUUAACUCCUGUUUUAAUGCUUUCAAACCACCUGCAGACAAGAAUUAGUCUGAGUGCCUCUUUUUUUAUCUGUUGAUGUGUGCCAACUCCUGUUAGGCAGUGGCAAAUGUGUGCGCCAUCAAAAUCGUUGUCAUUAUUUGAUAUGUUUUUGUUUUAUUUUUUCCCCCACAUGUUGUGUUGUCAUUUAUCUGUAAAGGUUAUGCAGAGGCGUCUUUAACCAUUUGCUCUCUGGCUGUCUUGCAGCAUCAUUUGGCACAGGCUCCAUGAGUAUGCCGGCUGGAUUUGGGAACACAGCAGCCUACAACCUCCCCACCAGCUUUAGCGGAACCUUUCAGCAACCCUUUCCUGGCCAGGCUCCCUUUCCUCAGCCUCCUGCUUAUCCCCAGCAACCUAAUGGUGUGUGUCUGUGUGUAGAUAGUGAUGACAGAACACAUACUGAUGCCAAAGAUCAAAAAGUCAUUAUGUGGUGCUUUUUACAUUCCUUUCAAAAUAGCCAAUUUGGAGACAGGCUAUUCCAGAGCAGUAGAUUAAAACAGAGUGGCGACACUCCCAUAGACAUACGCUGUACAGCCCGUCAGACCCCACUUCCGGGUUAUGGAACUAGUAAUAGUUCCAACAUGACCGCCUGUCACGUCGGACGCCGUUCACUUCUAUGGCCACAAGGCAAGCGCUCACCGAGGUUAAAUGAUAAAAUAUCAACAAGUUUAAUGCCAAUACAUGUGUUAUUGAUAUCGAGGGGACCCCUUUAUAUGUAAAAAUGUAUAUCCCAAAUGUAAAUACGUUUUUUUAGUCAGGAAUUGGGAUCGAUUUUUUAGCCACGGUUUGCUCCCACACUCCCCGAGGUAAAAUAUUGUAUUAACGAAUGUAAUGCCAAUACGUGUGUAAAUGGUAUCGAGGGACCCCUUUAUAUGUAAAAUGAUUUUAAUUUUAGUAUGCUCAAAUUGUAAUUACAAAUGUAAUUACAUUUUUUUAGUAAGGAAUUGGGAUCGAUUUUUUAGCCACGGCCUGCUAGCUGGACGUCGUCAGCUGUAGAGGUCUGCCAAAAUGUAUUGUGUGACUGAGUUAUGAAUCACAGAUAAAUCAUCAUCAUCAAUCAUAUGUUGAGAUGGUUACUUACAGGCUUUAUUUUAGAUUUCAGCCUUUAUCAGUUCCCGAUGUUAUAUGCAGUUUAUUCUUUUUAGACUAACAUAAGUGCUAUGUAAUUUGAUUUCUGCUUAUGGGAUGAUAGAGUUAAGGGGCCGCUACUUUUUAAAUCCUGUCAGCAUUUAAGGCGUAUGUUUAACAUGGCAAAAUGUUAUGCAGGCCAUGCUGCAAGACCAAAACAUUGCACAAUUGUUUAAACAGCUUGUAACACCUAUUACUUACCACUUUAUUGUAUUAUUUUCUCUUAUUAAAAAGUAACACGUGUUACCAAACUUGUCUUAUUUCACUUUUAUUUGUCAUCCAGCCGCUAAAUAUGCGUACGUGACUUUGACGUGUACACAGUAAUCCAAUAAGAGUUGCAAAUGUUGAAUUUUUACUGUUAAUUUUAAUAUUUACCUCUUAAAUGCGCGCUCACUGCAGUCUGCCCCGUUGAAGAGCAUGGACAGUGCAGGCUGCGUUUGGAACUAUGGAGGGGUACAUGAACCACGUGACCGCUCUGGCGGCGAGAUCUGAAGUUGUCGCCACUCUGUUUUAAUCUACUGCUCUGGGCUAUUCUAUCUGGUUUACCCACUUUUAAACAUGAAAGAAGACAUUAAAAUGUUGUUUGUUGAUGUUAUAGAAUUGCUGAUGUUGUCAAAUCAAGUCUCCUCUCUGACAAUAAACAUGUCUUUCAGGUGGUGGGUAUCCAGCCUAUGGCCCAGCGAAGCCUGUUGUGACUCCUUUUGGACAGACCAUGGCUGGACCCAUGGUGUCCAGCAACCCUUUCCUGGUUAGUAGAACGGCUACAUUGCAUUGAUAAAUGUGGUAAUUGCUCAUGAAGAGAAUUGCUAUUGUUUCACAUGUGAUGAAAAAAGGGACAUUCCGGCGUAAAAUUAAGUUAGGGUCAAACACAAUGUAACACCAAGUUAGACCCCCUGUUGAGAGAUAAAUGUUCCUGACCACUUGCUUCUCUAGUUAUACCAACUUUAGUAACGACCGCACGAUAGCAAUACACAUCGAUCCCACUCACCCACUCUCGUCCAGCAGCCGCUUGUUUGUACAUUGCUGUGUCACCCCGCUGCAGUCUGUGACUGACUAGUCCGAGGUCUCAACAAACGGCAGGCAAAGUUAAAAGGAUGUUUGGUGGCUAGUGCUGUGGCUGUGACCCUAUAUGUACUGUUGAUGAAGUUAGGUGCUGUUCUGAACAUUAUUUGUGGCUAUAGAGUGGCUUUUUGGUCGAGCCAGUGGCUCCUGAGACCGCUGUGUAUUGCUAUCGUGCGGUCGUUACUAAAGUUGGUAUAACUAGAGAAGCAAGCGGUCUGCAACAUUCAUCUCUCAAUGGGGUGUUUAACUUGGUGUUACAGUGUGUUUGACCCUAAAUUAAUUUUACACCUGAAUAUCCCUUUAAAUUGAAGAUAAUGCUUGUACAUGGUAAGUCUUUUUUUCUGAUUUUAUGUCCCUUUACCCAUCCAGGGUGCUGGUCCAUCUGGACAAUAUCCAGCUGGAGGCUCCUCAACAAAUCCCUUCUUAUAGCAAAUCAUCCAAUCAGCUCCUCUACAGGGUCAACAACUGGCGCGCUUGCACCUAUUGCACUGUUUUAUUUCACAAGUAGCUUUAAAAACACAAUGUUUGUAAGAAUUUGUAUUUUCUAUCACAGUUUGACGGAUAUGACAGACAGUCCUGCGAACACUGCUGAUGGCUACAAGACAAAGUGAUGGUGUGUACAGAGGGAGAGGUUGAUCCCCUCCUUUCUAUGUAACCUGUGAACUGGCCUGGCCUCUACUGAACCACAAUGUAUAAUCAAACUGGCUGACAACUAAGUUAUUGCAUACAGUGUAUCCCAUUCAUUAUGCUGCAAUUCUGUAAAUAUUAUUUUUCUGUAAGGAAAAAAAAAAACGCUCUUUGUGCAUAUCAGUAUUUGUAUCUACACACAAGAACUUGUGAAGACAGAACUAUUGCUUGGAAAAGCUAAUGGGUACUGCCACUUACUGUAUUUGUGAAGAACCAAACUGUUUAUUUGUGCAGGAUGAUUUUUAAGCAAACUUAUUCUCACUUGAGAAUAAAUUCAUCUUUCCCUUUGGUAAGAGAAAUGAGAAAAAGUGACUGCUGCAUCAGGGGGACUCCCUGCUCACUCCUGCCCUGUUGACUUGAGCCCCUGACACAACGCUUCUGAACUACAGCCGCCACUUAUGGGAGUGGGCUGAUGAACUGAAAACCACUGACAUUGGGUAUAAGAGAAUUUUAAGUUAAAAUGUAAAUAUACGGUAUAUAAAUAUAUAUAUUAAAUUGAAUUUUACUUAAAAAUUGACCAAACUGUCAUUUAUAUGGAUUUAUUAAAAAAAUCUUGUAUAUUUGUUUUGUUUAAAAGAAAAAAAAAAAAA